UAUCAGGCACCGCAUGAGCGCGAUAUCCACAGGCAUGUACUGAUUUUAAAGCUCAACUAGAGUAGGCAUACUGCACCAAGUCACCGAGAUUCUCUGAUAUGGCUCGACCAACGUCAACAUGCACGAAUGAGUCACGUAGACCGUGAGCAUGGAAAGACCUUCCCUGAUGCUCAUCUCCUUCAAAGGAGACAAUGACAAGUAUCCACCCAUAGGCAGAACCACAGCCCGUUCAGUCGCAUCCAUUUCACUUUCCUUGGAAGCAGAGGUGAGAUCGAAGAGAAGGAGAUCACAACUCAAAGCACGACGACAGGAAGUGCACUCGAUCAAUCCGAAUCAUCAGAAGACGAAGAUCUUGCGGCAGAUAUCCUUAGAUAAUCCCCUCGUUCGCGGGACGAUAUCCUCCCCUCCCUUAGACUGCACUUGCAUUUGCUUACACGAGCCGUUCAGUUGUGAAGGGGUAGUGAUGAUGGUGGUGGUGGUAGUCGGUCGAAAGACAGUUCGAAAUGAGAGACCCUUCGUAGAAGGGCCGCCAUGUUGUGGCUCAUGGAUUCAAUCCUUAGCAUGGUUGUGGUUGUGCAGCAGGCGAUCAACACCGCCGCGGACGGUGUCGCGCAGGCUGAAGCCGCCAAAGAGCCAGUCGUUGGAGUGACGGCCGUAGUGGUUGACGGUGUUGUUGUAACGGCGGUAGUCUUCGGUGCUUUUGCGAGAGGAGGAGGAGGAGCAGCGUUUGUGGUCGGAGUGGUCGGAGUGGAUGCUGGUGGUUCUUGAGGGGGUCAUUUUGGUAGUUCGAAUGGUUGUUGAUCUUAUUGUGGAAGCAGCAGCAGUGGUAGUAGGAGUUGUUAUUUAUUAUUAAAGUGGACAGUAGAGGUCUUGUUCUUAUCACCGAACACUGCUUUCAGCUCAAAAUCGAGAAUCACUUGAAAUAGAAUGAUCGUACACACAACCACCAAGCCCAAGGGAGAUAAAAGUAUUUAAAGACUCAAUCCUCGC